UUUUUUUUUUUUGGGCAAUUCAGCAUAUGUACAAUUUAUUGGGAAUUGAGUAUUACUUUGCUUGUCCAUCACAAUUCAAAAUUGACAUUCCAAUUUUUUUUGGCAACAUCAGAUGGCAAUUCAUUCCACAUCUUAACUUACCUAUCAGACACGAAUCAUCAUAAUCAAUUCAUCGGCAUAUCAAUAUCAUAAUCAAAAAGGGGGCAAGAGUAAGAGACGAAGUUGAGCAGAAUACUAAUUGAGAACUGGGAUUCUUGGAAUUGUGCAACGAACCGUUUAAAUCGUUUCCCAACUUCUCAGAUGAUGUUCUUCACCCCACCAUCGAAGCAUCACUGACAAAGCUUAGAUAUUCAUCACCCACCAUUCUCACAUCACGGUUCUUCCCUCAAAACAGCCUUCUGUUUAUGAGACUUCAUCUUUCGGAUUUUAAGUCCUCAACAUGAGCACCGCAUACAGCGAGGAGCAAGAACACAGUACCAUAGUAGGGUUUGAAACUCCCGAAUCACCAAGCUCAAGUUAUGCCAAUGUAUUCCCAGGAAAUGAAGAUGAGGCACACGAACCAACUCUUCUCCCGCCACACUUGCACCAUACGUUGUUGAGCUGCCCGACAAGUACAGAAACCUCUGGAACAUUUCCCCUGCCUCAAAAUGUGAUUCUAAAUCAUCUAUACAUCGAGAACAGAGUAGCUCCAAGAUCUGUCGUUGCACUCGGUUUUACUCAUCGCUUCCGGUCCAAGUUUGUGACCGUUGUUCUUUACAAGCCUGUCCAGAGAAGGGGGAGCAAUGCUAAUUAGGAAUUACCAUUUUUUCUCGAUUUUUAUCGGGAUUUUCUGUACUUCAUCUCUUAGGGCAAUAUGAUUAUUAGGAUGUUUCCCUGGUAAUCAAAUUUUCCAUAUGUAUGAUGGUUACACUGUAGGACUUCAGGAUUAGCUAUUAGCAUCAUAUACAAACAGUUUACUAUUCUUCAUAAAAUAUUGUAAAAGAAAGAAUUUUAUGAUAGCCUUUGUUGUACUUGUUCUUUAAGUGAAUAUAUUUAAAAAUAUAAAAUAAUAUACAAAUUCUUGUAUGAGACGGUUUUACCAUGAAACAUACCUCAUACUUACAUUAAAUAGCUUAAUAAUAGAAAUUUUUAAGUUAUGGGCUUCUGGUUUUGAGAUUAUCUCACCGUGAGAUGG